AUGAUUUUUUGGACUUUCCUAGUAAUUACUACUACCCUACUCAUAAUAUAUUAUAAAUUAAACAAAAAGACUCCAGAUGCUUUUAAAAAUAUUCACACACUUACGUUAUUUAACAGAAUUUCUAUGAUUAUUACUAAACAAUUAGGAUAUGACCAACUAUAUUUCAGUCAUAAACAAUAUUUUGAAAGGGAUGGAAUUGUAAAGGAACGUGUUAGAGGAAAGUGGAGUUGCUUAGUAACUGAUCCAGCAAUUGCAAAGGAGCUUUUAUUGAAACCAGAUGUUUAUCCUAAAAUGAGCAUUGAAAAGUUUUUUCCAAAUUCUCUAUUUGCAGAAUACUUUGGAACUAAUGUGGUUUUCUCAAAUGGCGACAUUUGGAAAAGACACAGACGUGUUUGUAAUCCUGCAUUCAAAUCUUUACCAUUACAACUUUUUGCAGAUAUUGCAUUGAAAAUGAUUAAUUCUUUAGAAACAAUUGAUAAAAAGCCUAUCGAAAUUAGAAAUUUUAUGCAAAGAUUUACUUUUGAUGUUCUUGGGAAAGUUGCUUUUGGUUUUGACUUUAAUAGCCUUGGAGAUCCAAAUAGUCCUUAUAUAACAUCAUUUAAUGAAGUUCAAAAGGCAGUAUUUGACCCAUUAACUUUGCUUUUUCCAAUUGAUCGUAUUCCAAUAAUAAGACAACCUGCUGGAAAGUCUCAAGGAGACCUUUUAGAACAUAUAUUAACUGCUAAUGAAAAUCAUGAUAAUCAAAUGCUAUCAGAUACUGAACUAAGAUAUACACUAGCUAUUUUUAUGCUUGCGGGCCAUGAAACAACUGCAAAUUCUUUAUCAACUAUUUUAUAUCUAUUAUCAACUUAUAAAAUUGUUCAAGAAAAAGCUCGAGAAGAAGUAUUUAGAAUACUUGGUGAUAAUUUAAUACCAUCAGCAGAACAACAUAAAUCUUUAAAAUAUUUAAAUAUGAUUAUUCAUGAAAACCUUAGAUUAUAUCCACCAGCUCCAUCUUUGUUAUAUCGCGAAAUAAUUCAAGAUUUAAAAAUUAAAGAUAUUGUAAUUCCAGCUGGCACAAUUAUUGAAUUAUUUUUAUAUGGAAUACAUCAUUCUCCAAAACUUUGGGAUAAUCCUGAUGAAUUUUUACCAGAGAGAUUUGAAAAAAAUGAAUAUGCAGAUAAUGAAAAUUUUUCUUGGUUAGCUUUUGGUGCUGGAGCUAGAAUGUGCUUAGGAAAUAACUUUUCUCUUAUUGAACAAAGAAUUGCGUUAUGUCUGUUAUUACGCAAAUAUGAAAUCUCAUUAGCACCAAAUAGUAUACAUAAAGAUGGAAUAAAAUUUCGGACUCAAAUGACCCCAUAUCCAAUUGAACUUAUAUUUAAAAGAAGGGAUUAA